AUGCUAGGCUUGGGGCGUCCUCAAUUGAAAGCGCGGCCGUCCUUGUUGGAACUAAUCACGAAGCAUACGUUGACACAACCAUCACCGCCCGCCGAGCUGCCACCGCUUCCAGACUCGCCCUCCUCAACUACCUCCACCCACUCUGUGUCUCCCCCUUCCACGCAGGCUUCUUCAAUUAUGACUUCAGACAAUCCUGAAACCCAUGGCAAGGUCUUCUCGGUCUCCGGCCCCGUCGUCGUGGCCGAGAACAUGAUCGGUUGUGCCAUGUACGAGUUGUGCCGGGUUGGUCACGACCUGCUUGUCGGCGAGGUCAUUCGUAUCGAAGCCGAUAAAGCCACGAUUCAGGUUUACGAAGAGACAGAUGGUUUGACCGUCGGCGACCCCGUUACAAGGACAGGAAAGCCUCUCUCCGUCGAGUUGGGCCCCGGUCUGAUGGAAACAAUUUACGAUGGUAUCCAGCGACCCCUCAAGGCCAUCUCCGACCAGUCCAAGGGUAUCUACAUUCCCCGUGGUAUUACCGUGAAUGCAUUGGACCGCGAGCGCAAGUGGGACUACAAGCCUACUAACUUCAAGGUCGGCGACCACAUUACUGGUGGUGAUAUUUGGGGUAGCGUGUUCGAGAACAGUUUGGUGAACGACCACAAGAUCCUGCUGCCUCCUCGGGCACGGGGUACCAUUACCCGUAUUGCGCCUGCCGGUAGCCACACCGUCGAUGAGAAGCUUCUGGAGAUUGAGUUUGAAGGCAAGAAGACAGAGUACGGCAUGAUGCAGACCUGGCCCGUUCGUGUCCCCCGCCCAGUCAACGACAGACUGUCCGCCGAUGCGCCCUUCAUCGUCGGCCAGAGAGUGCUGGAUGCUCUCUUCCCCAGUGUCCAGGGAGGUACUGUCUGUAUUCCUGGUGCUUUCGGAUGUGGAAAGACUGUCAUUUCCCAGAGUGUGUCCAAGUUCUCGAACAGUGAUAUCAUCGUCUACGUCGGUUGCGGUGAGCGCGGUAACGAGAUGGCUGAAGUCUUGAUGGAUUUCCCCGAGCUUUCUAUUGACGUCGAUGGCCGCAAGGAGCCCAUCAUGAAGCGUACCUGUCUGAUCGCCAACACCUCCAACAUGCCCGUCGCUGCUCGUGAGGCUUCCAUUUACACCGGUAUCACCAUCGCCGAAUACUUCCGUGACCAGGGAAAGAACGUGGCUAUGAUGGCAGACUCUAGUUCCCGCUGGGCUGAGGCUCUUCGUGAGAUUUCGGGUCGUCUGGGUGAAAUGCCUGCUGACCAGGGUUUCCCUGCGUACCUGGGAGCCAAGCUGGCUUCCUUCUACGAACGUGCUGGCAAGAGCAGCGCUCUCGGUAGCCCCGAGCGUGUGGGCAGUGUCAGCAUCGUCGGUGCUGUCAGCCCGCCCGGUGGUGAUUUCUCCGAUCCCGUCACUAGCAGUACCCUGGGUAUUGUCCAGGUCUUCUGGGGUCUGGACAAGAAGCUGGCGCAGCGCAAGCAUUUCCCUUCAGUCAACACCUCCAUCUCCUACAGCAAGUACAACGCGGUCUUGGAUAAGUACUACGAAAAGGAUCACCCCGAAUUCCCUCGUCUCCGUGAUCAAAUUCGUGAACUGCUGGCCAAGUCCGAGGACCUGGACCAGGUUGUCCAGUUGGUCGGAAAGUCCGCCCUUGGUGACUCGGAUAAGAUUACGCUGGACGUGGCCAGUUUGGUCAAGGAUGACUUCCUGCAGCAGAAUGGAUACAGUGAUUACGAUCAGUUCUGCCCUUUGUGGAAGACCGAGUAUAUGAUGAAGGCCUUCAUGGGCUACCACAACGAGGCCCAGAAAGCCAUUGCUCAGGGCCAGAACUGGAACAAGGUCCGUGAUGCCACCGCAGACCUUCAAAGUGCUCUGCGGAGCAUGAAGUUCGAGGUGCCCGAUAAUGAGGCGGAGAUCUCAGCCAAGUACGAGAAGAUCCUCCAGUCCAUGACGGAGCGGUUUGCUUCUGUCUCCGAUGAGUGA